AUGGCCGUGGAGCAUGAUUCUGAUGAUGUAUCGGCUUUUGUGAAACAACUAGGAAUUGAAGCAGCUCUAUUCUUCGAAGUCGUCCAGGGAUACCAUGCUGAACUGGAAGAAAAGGAAACAGAUGCAAAAGUCCAACAAGGGCUUGCAGACUUUGAAGACUUCAACAUCAACACAGAUUUGCGACGCCAAGUUGACGAAAUUUGUUGUUUGCAAAGUGAAAGGGUAGCCGCCAUCGCUUGCGCAGAUCCAGUUGAUGCAAAUUUUCCCGUGGACACUGCGCUCCCUGCUAUUGCAAACGGGGUUGAAGAAAGUCAGUGGGGUGCGCAGACAUCUGUGCAGUGCUCUGUGCAGUCUGUAACCCACGUGGCAAAUGAAGAGAACCCAGAGAGCCAAGAGAACGAACAGAAUGAAGAGAACACAGAGAAUGCACAGAAUGAAGAGAACACAGAGAAUGCAAAGAACGAGGAAACCGCAGCAAACAAAAAGAACGAAGAGAACAAAAUGGACAAAGUUGAGGAAUUCAUCGAAGCAUUUGCUGCGGGACUGCCCAGUUGGUUCACUGAUGAAAACUACGUCGUCCCUGAAGCUCCCGAAGCUCCACACACGGCCUCGAGCUGCGUACGGCGGUGGGGGAAGAGACUCGAAGGCGAAGCAGAUGAAGCAGCUGAAGCAGCUGAAACCGAGCAGGUGGCUGGAGCGACUCUCAUUGGCAGCGUGAUGCGCAAGAUGACCGGUGGAAAAGCCGGCGGACCAGCUGGCAAUCUCAGAGCUGGCGGGAAUCCACAGAUGAUUGGCAGUCGGGUGGAUGGCGCAACAGCACAUGGGAAUCCCAUGAUUGGGGCUCCACUGGUUGGCACAGCAACAGCCGACACAUCGAACAUUGUGAAGCAUCACACAGUUGCGACGAGGGUCGGGCAGGCAGGGUGCUGCGGAACCAAAGGCAACAAACGGCUGCCGUUAGGCCUUGUCUCCCAGCUGGUCUCCCAGCUGGUGUUUGUUCUUGUUUCCGUUUGUUGGAUGGUGCGUCCGCCUUCCCGGAAAGGUUUCACAGGUGAGGCCACAGCCAAUGUCGCACAGCUUGCAAAGGGUACGUCACCGCUCGAGCUGGUUUUGGCAGCAUACCGUGGCCAGGGCAGCCACGCAACAGCUUCGAAAGCCGAAAUAGAAGCAGUUUGCACGGCUUACGUCGCCGCUCACGCUUGUCUUGGCGGCGUGCUGCGGCGCUUGCAGAGGAUAGCCACGGCCUCGGUUGAGGAGCCUCGAAAGCUGCAGCGGAGGGCCUACGUCGCUGCUCGGGAGCUUGCAGCAGCCUUGCAGCCCUUUUGGCGACGGGCUGAAGCUGCAGCGAAGCUCGGCAGCUCUAAGCUGCAGCGAUGCUUGGCAGGGAAAGCUCUCACAGGGCAAUCUCGUAUUCCGAAAGCACCCGGAAGCAAGAGGUUGCUCGUGCUCGCCUUCUUCUUUGUGGUUGAGAGCUAUGAGGUGAAGACUCUGAAUUUCUUGAAAAUCACUUCCUUCGAUGGGACAGUCCUGCGGGCAGAUGUCAGCCUGCCAAAGGCAAAAGGAUCUGAGAAGUUUCCAGUUUUGAUCAUGGCAAAUUCGUGGAGUGUGCCCCAGAUCGAGUAUGUGGUGCAAGCUCAAGAACUUGCACGUGAUGGAUACAUUGUGUUAGAAUAUGAGACGCGUGGUUGGUACCAUUCUGGAGGCGAGAUUGACUGUGCAGGGUUGAAGGAUCAGCGAGACAUUUCGGAGGUCAUUUCCUUCGCAUUGAAUCAAAGUGACUGGCAACCGGACAUUGACCGUGUGGCCAUGGUUGGAAUUUCUUAUGGUGCAGGUUUGGCAUUGCUUGGGGCCGACCGAGAUCCGCGUGUCAAAGUUGUGGUGGCGAUGAGUGGAUGGACCGUUUUCAUCAAUGCGCUCUUCAAAGGAGGUUCCCCAAGCAAGGUUUGGGGCACCUUGCUCGUGUUGGUAAGCCAUAUUGUUGGAAAACCAGAGCCUUUGAUUGACCAGGUAUAUCAUCAAAUGCUUGCAGGCAAUAUUACUGGUUUUGAAGAGUUCGCACAGGAGCGCACCGUGAACCUCUCAACUCUGGAGGCCAGAAAAGUGCCAAUCUUCAUGUCGAACAAUUUUGAGGACCGUGUUUUCUCGCCCGAUGAUGCGCUUGACUUUCUUGAGCGCUACGCAGGCCCGAAACGGCUGAUGCUGAACCAGGGCAUCCACGCUUCGGCUGAGAUUCCAGGUCUGUUUGGGCUAAAGAAUCACGUUUGGAUCGAGGCCAAGAAGUGGCUUGCUACUCACCUGAAGGGCGAAGUCUUUCCAGCACCGCCUCUGCUGGAAAUGCAACUCCGCUCCAACAAGCAGCAGCGAGAGCAGUUCGACUUGUGGCCGAGUGCCCGCAUUGAAUACACAACACUUGUGCCAUCACCACGAGGCAGUGCUGCCUUUGGCCAGCUUUCAACAGCACCAUCUUCGCAACAAUCCGAAACGAUAACGUUCAGCAAGUCAACUGGAAUCUCAGCAGGUCUGCCUUUUGUUGGAGAGGCAAUGCAGGUUUGGAUUGACCAUCGCAUCAAAUCCAAGCUGCUAUCAAGUUCAAGGCAACAUGCCAUUUGGUAUUAUAAGGAGGUUUCCGAUUCGAGGCUUUGCGGGACUCCGAGACUAACCUUGGACCUCACAGCAUCGCAUUCCAAGUGGCAGAUAGUAGCCUACCUCUUUGGUGUGAAUCGUCGCACCAAAGUCGGAACCCUGAUCAGUCAUGGAUCUGUCACCUGCUGGAAUUGCACAGCUGGCAGUCGAGGCACGCAUCAUAUAGACCUCCGCACACUUUGUGAAGAUCUGGGUGGCUGGGGCAUGGGUGGCAUUGGACUGGCUCUCAACAUGUUCUCGGAGCUUUACCAACCGGCCAACCAAGAGGAGAGUCUGGCAAUCAAUUUGCACUACUCCAGCAACUUUUCACUGGUCGUACCAAUCACGGAGAUUCGAGAUGGUCCAGACGAGUCCAUCAUAUUGAAAGAGCGCAGCGCGCGGGAGCUACCGUAG